AUGUCAUUGCGCGACUUCUAUGUUUGGAGUCAGCGGAAGGCGUCGUUGUGGGGGCGGCCUCACCCAGUGAUCGACUCAGCUAUUCAGGGUCCGAAUAUCGAGGUAGUGGAUGCAAAUGUGGAGGUCGUGGAAAGGCGUGAUCGAUCGGGCUUUGCUCUGGAGGAUGACAUCGAGGUUCUCACCAAGGUUUAG